CACCAUCAGAGAGCGGAGAGCCGCAGCGCCGCCAGCCAACCAGCUUGCCGCCUCCCGUCGCGCGGGAACGCACAGAAAGAGACCAGCAGAGGUCGAGGUCGGGCGGUCUCGAUCGAGCUGAUGGGCCGCCAACCUGCAGCAUGCCGCGCCGCCGUCUCCGUGGCGCCGCCCACGGCGCGCGCCCUACUAGUUCUCGCCGCCGCCCUCGCCGUGAUCCUCCUCGCGGCGCCGGCGCCGGCGGCGCUGGCGGCGUGGGUGGACUACCCGUCGGGGGUGCCGUGCGGGGAGACGUUCCCGGUGGAGCAGUGCGACCCCGGGGACGCGGCGGCCAACAGCGCGUGCAUGGACAUGUGCCACUACGGCGGGUGCCGGCGCGGCGGCCAGUGCGUGUCCCUCGGCUUCGCCCGGGGCCGGGGCUGCCACUGCAAGUGCUAGCAGGCCUCCUGCUACCUCUGGCCGCCGGGCUGUUGCCGAAGGAGCAGCGGCAGGAGAGCUUUCGUAGCACACUUACACUAGCGUACGGUAGGCGCCGGGAGUAGUGUAUCCGCAUGUUGAAUUUGGUGACCCUUUUCUUUCUUUCUUUCUUUUUUGUUGGCAUGGUGCUUGCGUUUGUUUGUUCUUCUUCGUUCUGCCGCCUUUUGUGCCCAGAGCGUACAUGUGAGUUUGCACUUUGUAGGCGGCGAGAGACAGAGAAACAGGGGAGGGAAGAGCGAAUCGCCAGAGGUGCCUUUCGCUCGCCCGCCUCUGCUGUCGGCCUCUCUUGCUUUCCAUUUUUACCUAGUACGUACUAGUAGCUGUUUUGCUAGUUGAGGCGUACGUUAAGCCUGUCGCAGAUCAAGUUCCAAUCAGAGGCCGGUGUUUCAAGUGGCUGUUACAUUGUGCACUGAGAACAGAGACAGGUUCUUCCUCCCACUCCAAAGCUCUGAACUCUCGCAGUGCCAGUGCCAGCGUAACCAUGUCUACAUCGGACGACAAAAUAUUGGGCACCUGCUGUAUGUAACCUCUUCGUACAGAAAGAUCACAUAUUAUUAUUA